CGACGUCAUGUCUGUAGAUAUCUAAGCGCCAUGGUCGUGUGUAGUGCAGCGCCAUUUUAGCCACAUUUUGCCUUGAUUUAAGGCGAAAAAAGGCUCGAAUUGAUCUCAUUUUUGUCAUGGACAUUGGUUGGUUAUUUAGCUUUGCUAGGCCUUGGUUCGAGCUUUCUUGAAGAGUUGAUGGCAGAAGGAGUGGACAAUGACAUGAACCAACAACAACAGCAAGACGUUCCGCAUGGUCAGGAGGCGUUUCACACUCCUUCCGUGCACUUCCAAAGCACUCCUUUGGAUGAUAUAAAUACUCCUUCUCUUUUAGUUACAGCCUCUUCUACACAGCUUGGUGCAAACCCAGGUCCAAAAAAGAAAAGUGCAUUUCAAAUUACUAGCGUAACUGAAACGCGAGCGCACAGUCGAGGUGACAGUAAUGGCUACGACAUAGAGGAUCUAAACGAAAGUGAUGUUACAGAAAUCCAAGUAGAAACGAGAGAACACUCUGGCAAUGGAAAUGGGGGAUCACGAUUUAAGGUCGUUAAAAUUCAAAGAAAUGAGCCUUACAGGCGAGGACGAUGGCUGUGCCAUGACUUUGAACAACCUCCAACCAGUUCAACUUCGACUCAGAGCAAUGCAGAUACUCGCGAAGGACCUUGGAGUGCGAGUACUGCUUCUAGUUCAGGGAUUUUCAAUUCGAAUCAUGUCUCUGCUGAGACGUCAGCCUCAAAUGAUCCUUCUCUACAAGACCACAGAAACGCUGUGGAAGUAACCUUUAAUUAUUUGCCGGGCCAAACGCCAAGUAUAGCGCCGGCCAUUGUGAACUUCGAAGCUACAUUGCGAAAGAAAGAGUCGGAUCCACAUUUAAGUAGUGCUACCACAAAUCAAGAUUUCUCGGAUUUAGGAUCUUCGGCUUCUAGUAAAACUUUACCAGUUAACGAAAGAAUAGAAACUUUACCCGAAAUAGCACGUCAUGCAGUUGGAAAUGCCCAGAGUGAAUCAACAUCAACUAUAGAAGAGCUCCCUAUUGUCAAUACUAUAGCAACAGCAAUGGAUCAAAUUACUCAAAUCAAGUCAGCAUUAUUAACAGUAGUUCAUGAAGAAGUACAAACUUUAAAAGACACUAUUACAAAACUAAAAGAAGAAAACCAAGAUCUCAAGCAAGAAAAUGAAAAAUUAAAACAAUUAAUAGAUACUACCCAAACUACAUGACCACAAGAAAAGUAGAAGAUCCUGAAACAACUAGCCUCACAAAACACCAUAGGUCGCUACAACCAACAAGAAAAUUUUUGGUAGAUAUCUACCAGUGAUUGUUUAGUAAAGAAGCUAUUUGCCACCUUGGUAAAUGAUGCACUAUAAUUUUUUUUAAUGCAAAAAAAAAAAAUUGUGAAAACUCCUGGCAGAGUCUUUGGUGUCUAGAUCUGUGAAGAUUUCUGAUUGUGUAGCUAAGAAAUGAAGAGUCAUGUGGCCUUGUAUGGACACAAGUAGCAUCUGAAUGUCCAUCAUGGCCCGUACUACAGCAAUCACUACUAUUGAAUCAUUAGCUGAAAGAAGAUACAAUAGUUGACAAAGCUAACUUAGAGUCUUUUAGUCAGAUGAAGGACUUUAAAAUUGUCUAAUUGUCACUAUGGAGCUACUUUAAGAAAUUAAUGGUUGAGUUCAGUAAAAAAAAAAAAAAAAAAAUUCAGCUGUGAAUGAAAACAAUCUCUUGAAAAUAGGAUUAUUAGUACUAUGGUAGGUGAUGCAUACCAGUAAUACUUAGGGCUGAAUUAGGUAGCAAAGCCUUCAAAUAUGUCUUAGUAAGUCAGACAAUAUUCCUCCAUCUUGCUGUCGUUUGCUUUCUCUUUGCAUACAGAAUCAUUAGUAGUAUCAACAAUAAUCUGACAGAUGAAAAAUGUACAAUUCUUGCACUGAAUUAUUUGAUGCAAGGUCAAGAUGGAUAUUAGUCAGCUAUUGGCUUGAAGAAUAAAAUUUGUAAAAGAUAUGAUUUCACAGAAACAUGCAGAGAAAUGUGUAGUUCCAAAAAUUAUCCAUACCCCCCUCACGGAGGAAUUUUUCACACCCCUACCCCCCAGAAAUUCCAAUUUUCUUCCAUACAAACUCUGUACUUUUUGUUCUUUCUCUGACCCCCCUACUCUUCAGAAAUUCCAAAUUCCUCUGUGGGGUGGGUAUGGAUGAUUUCUGGAACUACACAAUGUAAAAUUAUAAGCUUAUAUUUUGGAGUGUCUAGUUAUUAUCUUACUGACCUCAUCGAGAAAAAUAAAUAUUUCAAGCCUUUAAAAACUAAAA